AUGAGGGUUAGAGUCCUUGGGAACAUUGAAAAUAGGAUAAAAAGUACUUUGAGCCAGAGGCUGAGUAAAUCUACCACAGGAAAGGAACUAUCCGCAAAUAUACAUGAAGAGUUAACAGGAUUGAAUGGGAUAAGUGCAGAGUCUAUUAAAUAUAACGAAAUCCUUGGAUGGCUACUGAAUGCCCCAGCUACUGUUAAGCUGCAUCAGCCAAAGGGAAAACAUUCCAUAAAUGCAUCUUUGAGUGGAAAUAAAAAUAUUGUAAAGUACACAGGUUCUGUGUACAAUGUCCUAUUUGAGUCCCUUGGGCAAAACAAGCUGACUGUAGAAAGCAAUCUAUCCUCCUUAAAAAGCUCACUUUGUCUGUUCCAGGUAAAUUCAAAAGAGACACAGUUACUUGGAAAAAGUUCAGAAAUAUGGAACUUCCUGAAAAUAGUAAAUAAGAACAUGCGGGACUUAGUUCUGCAAAAGUAUUUGAGCAUGCACGUGCUUGUUGGCCAAGCAAAAAAGUCUUUGGGGGUUGAGAAAAUCAUCAACCCAAUGAUGAAGAUAUCAGCAGGUGCAUGGGUAGAGGAUAAUAUCUUCACUAAUAAGAUUGAGCUAUCUGUCAAUCCUAUAGAGCACAUCCAUGCAAGAGUACUAGGGUCUAUAGGAAUAUGCAAAAACUAUGCUAUUACUGCAGAAAAUAUCAGUUUAUUAAGCAAGCAGAAAACAGCAAAAGAAUCCUCUUUGUUAAGCAUAGAUAGUGAAUUCUAUGCAAAAGUAGCAUAUCCUGUGGCUAGUGUAAGAUCACUCCUUAAUCAACUAGGCAUUUUAAGUUCGCAUAAUCUGAAAAAAACACCUACAGACACAAAUAUUCUUGCAAGAUGGAAGAGAAAAAGUAUCCAAAAUAAAAGUACAAUAGAGCCAGUGGAGAGCAAGUAUCUUCCAUGGAUUAUAAGUAAGGCAACAAUAGAUGUUCAGGGAGAAGUAGAGGGUACAUGCAGAUUGAAUAUAUUUUCACGUGAAUUUUCUGGUGUUGCUAAGACUAUGGGAAUGCUAAAGUGCAGCAUAGAGAGUUAUGGAGUGCUUCUGGGUGGGCUAAUAACCAAGAAGUAUCCAUUUACCAAUAAUACCACAGAACACUUUGGUUUCCAGGAAAAUUUCACUCCAGCAGUUGGAUUCUCGUAUACUCCAAAGAAUUCAUUCAUUGAUAGUGCAUCAGUCUAUUGGCCAUGGGCUUCAAUAAAAAGAAAGAGCGGUAUUCUUAAUAAACUGCAUGCAUUUGAAAUAAGUGUAUCAAAGGAAUACUAG